AUGGGGUUAACUCAUACUUGCUGCAAACCUGAGAAUUUCUGCGACUCCUGGAGGAGAAAUAGAUAUCUUCUUCGAGCAAGCUAUCAGCACCAUGAAUACAAACUUGAGGAAGCUUUGGAAAUGCUCGAACAAUGCUAUCAAGCGUAUCGUGGCCCUAUGGAGAUGUUUCCGUUUAAUUUAUUGGAUUUUUUACUCGGCGACCCUUCGCAAGGAUCUCAAGAUAAUUACGGCAUGGUGAAUUGGCAGCAAAAGGAUCAGUCAUCAGGGAUUGAAGAUGCUGAAGAACUUACUGAACAAGAAGAGCUUACUGGGGAAGGAGGAGAAGUUGCGGAAGAAGUGAUAGACAACGAGCAGAAUGACUGUCGGGGAAAAGAAAGAGACUCAUCACUACUAGUGCAAAGUAUCUAUUUGAGAAUAUCCUAUCGGGAAGCUUGA